AUGAGUUGUGAUACUUCUAAAGAUCAGGUCAUUGCAUCGACUCUCAUGUUAACCUUCUUCGAAAUUUCAAAGGACUGUUCCGAUUCAUGGACUGUGCAUGCCGACUUUGCGCGUAGUUUUCUCUCUUCUCGCCUGAGAGACCGUGAUAGUCUGAAUACAGAGCAGGAGGCCCUGCUCUAUUUUGCCGUGACCUACUUCGUUUCGCACGAUAUCCUGGCGGCAACUGGGGGCACGCUUAUGGAAGCGACUGAAAUGGUUACUGGAAUGUGCAAAUCGGUGGAUAAGUCAACCAUCCUGGCGCUGACUGGUUGUUCAAGAGACCUGCUCAUCCUGAUUUCCGAGAUUAACCAGAUGAGUUCUCUGGUUGGAGAGUCGGAUCGGAAGCAACUUCCAUCCUUGAUACAACAACGUCGAGACAAUGUCGAGAGGCUUCUUCACCAAUUGCACCAAGAUGUUCCUGAAGAAUUUGGUUCAUUUCAGUCUGAGUUUGCUAUCGUUGCUGAGGUAAAGCGACUAGCAGCUAUUUUAUAUCUCUAUUCGAGAAUCGAUAGCGCCGGGCCGCAUGAACCACAUAUGGUCCGAGUGACGUCCCAGAUCCUAUCCCUUAUCCCUAAAAUUUCCCUCCGUACCCAUACGGGUCUUUGGCCUCUAUUCAUAGUAGCUACACUAGGCAUCCGCCCGGAAUGCGAUGAAGAUAGGAAGUUUCUCUUGGGUCAACUCGCUGCGCUUCAACAAACGAGGCAACUGGCGAGCGUGAAGAAAGCCAGAUUGAUCAUCGAAGACGUAUGGAAAUCUCGAGACCUGCGGCCCAAUGAAUCACGAGGGUGGAGCAUUUUACAAGGGAGGAGACACGGUGCCAUCAGCUUGGCAUAA